AGUGCCUGGCUGCUGAUAAGGCGCGGACGUACUCGUUCCUUUACGUGUUUACAUUCGUUGAGUAACAUACCGUCGUUCCUCUUGUGACAUCGACACGCUCGUUAGUGCACACUUAGAAAUGGUUUUAGUGUUAAAUUUAAAUGUGCAAGUGAAUCCAAUGUAAAUCAUUAGCACAGCCGACGAGGUACUUCGGGGUCGGUGCGAUCGCCCUUGUCGAUAAGUGUUGUCGUCACACUCUUGAGUGUUGUUUUAAAUUAAUGAUGUGCACAGGUGUUAUAACAUCAGUAGUCUGAAAUUUUACUCGUUUGACAUGUGGAAUCCGAAUCUAAAUGCUAAUAGAUUGUAUUAUGUUACUAUAUUAGUUGUGGUGUUUGAGUGAUUAACGUAUGACACAUUGUUAUUAUAAAUAUGGAUAGGUUUAGACAAAAAACGAAAAAAGAUAAACCCAUGAAACAUGUAGAAAAGGAAAAAUCUCCUAUGUUCACGGACGUAAAGACUAUAAAAGAAAAUUUAAAAAUAAAGGAGAUAUUGAGAUCUGUAAAAAUGAAUAGUAGUAUGCGAAUCAAGGCUCCACGAGGCAGUGUCGUAAUGGACAAAAAUGAGUUUAUUGAUGUCCAUGAAGAUGCUUCCGAUGAUCACAGUGAUCUCCAAGACACACAACCUGAAGACUUGCAAGAAGCCAAGAACGUCGAUUUAGUGAAUAAUUUAAUACAAGAGAGUGAAAAUCCGAACACACACUUGCAAAAUGAAAUUUCCAUAAAUACGGAACAAGAACCUGGGCCCCAUCAGGACUACUUGCAACCAGCACAAGAUACUGACUAUAACAAUCCUUUGACGCAGGAAACUGAAAUGUCUGCUUCACAAGUGGAAAGUGUCAUAGAGCCCGAGGUAAACCAAGAAAACUUAAAAAGCGAAGAAUCCAUCUCUAAAGCAGAUUUACUACAAACCAAAACAAACAUCGUGAAAAAUCGGGAACGGAAAUUGUCUUUGGACACCACUAUGUUAACCCGGCGAGAGAGUUUGUCUCAAUCGGAAAUGGAUCUGCAUUCUAUAGGAAAAUCACCACUGGAGAGAAAAUCAUCAUUUUUUAGAAAAAAACUGGACAGUUUCUUAAAGAACACAACGGAGGUUUUUAAAAGACAGACGUUAGGGAGCAAGUCUCACAGUAUGUCCCGUAGAGGUUCCAUGUCAGUUUCUCUUCAAUCUUUAAAUGAAAACGUGGUUACGGUUGGAGAUCAAUACAACAGAGCUGCACUUAGUCAACAGGAGGUGCGCGGGAGUGCGGCAAGCGUGGCGUCGAACUCGACGCUUGGUGCGAGCGAGCGCGACAGCGCGGGCAGCCAGCCAGUCCUCUCGGCCAGCCAACCCAGCGUCGUGCACAGUCAGGGCAGCCCUACCAGCACUAAUGGAGCAUAUAACCAGGACUCACUCCUCAAUUCUCGAGCUAUAUCCAUGAGCUCGGGGUUAGACUCCGCGUUCGGACAGCGGCGCCGGAAGACGUCUCGAUCCAACAGAGUAACAUGGGUGGCUAGUGAAGGCUUGACCAACUACCUGCGCCGUUUGACUCAAGAUGAGACGAGCAGAGAGAUGUACGCAGCCCAUUCGUACCAGGACUUCUCUAGCAUCCCCGAGAACUCGCUGCACGAGCCGAAGACCGACUCGAAGGGCCGGCGGCUCUCCUACCAGCGCGCCGUGUCCGGCGAGGAUCCCGCGCCCAGAUAUGACUCCAGCUUGAAGAGGAAACCUUUAAUUCCAGAACAUUCAGAGGCUAACUUCGAGUUGUCAAACCAAUUGGCAGAAUUCACGAGGAAUGGUGUACCUCCGUUGGAGGGGUUCGAAUUCACUGACAACGACCAGCCUCACUACCGCUACCUCCUGUGGGCCGAGGAGCGGCCCAACAUUGACGGAGUGUACGACUGGACUCAACUGAGUCCCAAUGAAGAAGCAAGGCAGGCAGUGAUACGUGAGCUGAUCAGCACCGAAGCUGACUAUCUCCGGCACCUCAUCUCCUUAGUGCAGGUAUUUAUGGCAGCGGCGCACGCGCUGCAGGACAGCGGCAGGAUGCUGGCGGUGGACACGGCGCGCCUGUUCUCCAACAUACCCGAUGUGCUCAACGCAAGCCUCGCCUUCUGGGAAGCCACUUUCUAUCCUAUGCUCCAAGAUGCACAUGAAAAUGCCACUCCUUAUAAUACAGAAUUUAUGUCGAACGGCUUUGGUCAUUUUCGUGAAAUAAUGCAACCGUACGAGAGAUACGUGAACGACCAGACCAAAGUGUUGGACUAUUUCCGCACGCUCUCGAACAACUCCGACUUCAUGGCCUACUUGGGAUGGUGUCAUGGGCACAGGACAUGCAACAGGCUUCAAUUAGCUGAUUUGAUGGUAAAGCCCAUGCAGCGUCUCACUAAGUACGGCAUACUCCUCCGACGCAUCAUCUCGCACACGGACGCUGAGCCAGAAAGGACCUCGCUUAAAAUUAUGGAAACAAAUGCUAAAAAUUAUGUACUUGACAUAAACCGGACGAUAAGGCAACGCGAAGAGUUGGAAAGACUGGAGCAGCUCGCGAACUCUAUUGACGUUUUUGAUGUGGACUUUAGGGACGACGACAUGGACAGAUAUUUUCGAAUGUACUCUCACAUAAACCUGCGGGCGCCGAUGGUGAACUGUUUGCCGAGCCACAGCAGAACCAUAAUCUAUCAAGGUGAUCUCCGCUACAGAGACAACGUCAAGGAGAUCGACGUCCGCGUGAUUCUAUUAACUGACAUGAUGCUUAUAUGUAAAAAAAUGUCUAAGGGCAGCGUGUACCCUUUCAAAUUAAUAAGGCCAAAAUAUAUGGUGGACAGAAUGAUCCACUUCCCAAGAUACAGCACAAGGAACCCUCGGGAACUGGCGUCUUUAAUAUUCGUCAUGGUCGACGAAGUUGGCUCUUCAUACCAUAGUUUCUCUCUGUCUGAGCCAGCUAAGGACCCCAACCCUCAAGGCACGUUGAAAAUAUGGGAACAAAAACUACGAGAAGCUAGGCUCACAUACGACCUCGGCGUGUGGUUUGCCAGAAAUCCAUCUCGGGAUCUCUCUGAAGUAGACGUGGAUUCCUCCUCCGACUACGGUGCCGCCGGAACUAGCUCCGCGAAAGCGAGCAAGCAGAACUCGGACGACGUAAACAUCGAGCGAGAGGCGCGCGAGCGGGUGGCCGCUAUGCUGCAUCGCAGCAUGGGCGCUUCCACUGAAUACGACUUCUCACAGGCUUCCAUGAACACAGACUCAUUUGAUGGCGAAGCAUCGGGCGCCGCGGGCGCGAGCGGGCGCGCGCCCACCCUGCACAGCCUGCGCCAUCCCAUGCAGCGGAACUCUACCAGCGGCAGCUCGCGACAAAGUCGUCUCUCCAGCUUCCAGUACUCCACCAGCGCGGCGUCCCACGACGAGCCACAGCCCGGGCCCAGUCGGUGCAACUACUACCGCGCCGGCAGCUCCGUGGAGCACGUCAUUCCCCCUCAGAACCCCGACGAUGCUGUCACAUCAAUAACUGUGAACGUGGUUAGCGAGAGUGAGUCUGAAACAGUGGUACCGUCGCAUCAGCAGCCGGGCCCGUCCGUUCGGCUGCCGCUGCGCAGCCCGAGCGCCGCCAGCGCGCACAACACGCUGCGCGUGCAGCCGCAGAGCGGCGUGCUGGCGCUCGUGCACAGCCUGCCCGACCUCACCAUCGACCCGUCCUCGCCGCCCGCACGCACUGCGCCACCACCAACUCCUCAAACGGCGUCAGAAAAACUAUACCAAUCUCAUCAAGAGCUGCUACAACGAAACCGGCUGUCUGCCACGCACCAUCACCAAUACCUGAGCCCCGAUCACAGGGGCACCAGUUAUCCACCGCCCAGCCCGACUAGAGCCGCACUGAGGCGCGGCAUGGCUUUCUCCGACUCGUUCAAGUACCCCCCGCUGUCGAAGAUGGGCCACGUGAACAGCCAGUCGCAGCAGCAGCAACCCGAGCCGCAGCCGGGGCCCUCCACCUCCGCCGCUGGACGGAGCGAACAAGGCGCCGUUAAUCCGGUAAUAGUUCCAAGUACCAGCACGGAGAAGGAGAAAAAGUCAAAACACCUGAUUAGCAGCAGGAACAAAGGAGGCAGCAAAAGCGAAAGCGCGAGCGGCCGCCGCAAGGACAGGCAGGCGGAAUGACGCCGCGCCAAGUCGAAAGACUGAAGGGAGAAGAAGAAACGCAAGUCGCGUAGUCAAUGGCUUUACAAAUGGUGCUGUCUUUGUUAAUGUGAUAGCCCGAAGGGCAGAGUGAGAACUUAAAUUUAGAUAGUUUUACAUUUGUAACAGCCAACGAAAACACUUGUAUUUUUGUGACCGUGGUGAAACUCAAAACAGACUUUGUCCGUGCAUCUCUGAUGCAAAGUCUUGAAGGAGCCAUAACAACGAUGAAUAAGGGACCAGCCUUUGGAAAUCUGGUAACCGUGCCAUACUCACGUCGUCGCGUGAACUCUUCGUUGAUAUUCUGGACAGGCUGUAUUUGUACCAGGCUGCAGCUACCAUAUGUAGUAUGGCGGCUAUACACUUAACACGCUACCGAUAUAUUCUCAUGAGACCUACAACCUAGUUACCAAAUACUUUACUGAAUAUCUUCCUGUAAUUAUUUUUUAGGUUUGAUUAUAGUUUACACGUACCUACGUACUUAACUCGUUAAAUAUGAAUAGCCGACUUAACUGUUACAUAAUAAAUUUAUCUGAGAGAACAUUACGUAUACCUACAAAUCACUUUCCUAUCACUUUGUAUUCCGCAAGGAAUUUAUAAAUGUUACUUCAUUCUAAGCUAGGAAUUUAUAGACUAGCCCCGAUGCAUGUGUUCUCGUGUAGUCAGAGCAUUUUCCGAAAUUCC